AUGCUCAUGUCGUUUGAAUACGGAGAUGGAAAGGGCGGCAACCCAGCCAACCCGACCCAGCAACCCCAGCACCCGCACCAGCACCAGCACCAGCACCAGCACUCGCUUCUGGCCCACCCGAAACCCGUUUCGUUUGCAUCUUCCACCGUCUCCUCCAUGGACGGCUCGGCCCAGUCUUCACCUGUGGGAUCCACCGCCGACCUGACCGCUAGUCAGAAUGGAGCCGCUCCCGGCACCGGCUCGUCUAAGCAGCACGACCGGCUCUUCAGCGGCUUCCUUUCACGUCCCACCUCCACUCGAAUCUCGUCACCCUUCUCGCUCGGCAUCAAGUCCGACAUUUGGGGAGACGACUCCUCCACUACCUCCCAGACGUCGGCCUCGUCCACGUCCAAAUUUGCUCCCUUCGAGGCCCCCACGCCCUCAAGCUCCUCGGGCUCAACCGUGUCGCAGCCCGCAGCACCCGUGGCGCCUCAGCAGCAGCAGCAGGGAGCUCCCCGACCUUCUGUCGUGGCCGCCAUGUCGCAGGCCAACGACUUCCCAGGCAUCGACAUCAGCUACCUUGACGACCCUGCGGCUGCCCCCGGCGCCGCUGGAUCGGCCCACUCGUCCAACUUUGCCACGCACACAAACUCGUCCGUGUCGCUGAGCGCUCUGGGCUAUGGUACCGGCUUCGGCACCCCCACCUCGGCCACCGUGCCCCCCGGGGCUCCCAACGCUGCCUACUUUGAGGAGUAUCCCCAGCAGCCUUUUGAUCCCUGGGGAGAAGACAAGCGACGUGGUCACAUGGGAGGACCCAUGAUGCAGCCUAACGUGCACCAGGCCAACGGCAUGCCCCCCAACGGCAUGCCCAACCCCAUGGCCAUGCAGCAGCCUCUUGCCAACGGGAUGCACAUGCAGGGCAUGAUGCCGCAGAUGGCUCCCGUGACGCCUACUGCCGCCAACGCCGUGCCCCAGCAGCAGCCCCGACGAAAGGCCAACAUCAACUCCGAGCUGUACAAGACAGAGAUGUGCUCGUCGUUCCAGAAGACGGGCUCGUGCUCGUACGGCGAAAAGUGCCAGUUUGCCCACGGCGAACACGAGUUGAAAAACGUGGACCGGCCGCCUAAGUGGCGCUCCAAGCUGUGCCAGAACUGGCUGCGGACCGGCACCUGCGCCUACAACGACAGAUGUUGCUUCAAACAUGCUUAA